GCCUUUUUCAAAACUUAAGAGCUACGCCAUCAUGACCUCUGUCAGUGUGCUCAUUUUCCUCCAUAGACUAUGUUUUCCUCCAAAAACGCUCAUAAAGCUAACAAACUUGGGUGUCAUUUCGAGGUCCCUUUAAGAGGAUGGGAUUUACUGGGGGAAGUGAAGCAAGAGAGCUCUGGCUUACUUCCUUGUUGCCCUCACAAUCAAAACAUUAUCCGUGCGCCAUGGGUGAGUCUGCAUCCUCGAAAAGACAUUUCCUUAUCUAACACUCUGCCUGCAUUAUCGGGAAGCUCCUCGAAAAGCGUAUGUUGCAGCAUGCUUCAGCUCAACGACACCGUGGAGCCGGAGAGCCCAGGCGCCGCGAUUCUCCACCCUGCAGAAACCGAAGAGGGUGUCGAGGUUGCCUUCACGCCGCCGGAGGCCGGAAGAAUUCUCGGACAGGGAUCCUCCGUGGCCUGCUGCCCUCCGUUACAAACCCUGACGCCCUUCCACGUUCAUAACCCCACGAUGCAAGCGAAAGUAAAGGACUAUUUCGUCUUUAGGGUAAGUUCACAGACACCCUCUUGCUCUCAUUUAACAAACAGAGCGGUUUGUUUUGAAUACGACCACAUGCGUACCUCUCUUCAAAGUAAGCCCAUUCACACUCGUGGCAAAUGAACACAAUCUCUGUCUCAAAUACUCGUCAACAGCUGCGCAUCGCAGAUCUUUAAGCUUCAGCAGCACACCAGGGAGGAGUAGGUCGCUGGUCUAUCUGAUGAUGAUGAUGAUGAUGUUGAUGAUAAUGACGCUGCUAAUGGUUGGCGGUUGUGUGAUGCUGAUUUCAGCCAGGUACCAUCGAGCAGGCUGUGAGCGACAUCCGGACAGUGGCACUCCCCUCCGAGGAUGGAGAGGUGCUUAGCGUCUGGCUGCUAGCAGAGUGAGUAACACAGCAGCACGCCACCAUUGUGUUUUUCACUCCACACAUGAUGGUGGAGUGAUUCAUGGAUUUACAGUUUGUAUAGCAGUUUAUUGUGAACGGUGCACAUCAGCGUACAAAUCAAAACCACAUCACAUUUAUUAAGGCAAGGGGCAAGUGCCAAGAUUGAGUACAUUUUCAACCUUGACUUGUACUAUAAUGUAUCAUUUAAUCUUCAUUCAACCAAAGGACUCACAAAAUGACUACGUCAUUUAUCUAAGCACAUGUUAAAUUGUUCUUUGGAAGUAUUAGAACAAACAGGUGUUUUAUUCCUUUAUACAGAGUGGACCAUUGGAACAAUGACAGGGAGAGACUUGUACUCAUAACUGACAGGUAAGUCAAACUAAAAUUUGUUGACAGAUAGGCUUAUGGAAUUAAACCACCCAAUAUUUUACAUUAUAGUAUAGUAUAGUAUUUAUAGUAUUAACAUACUAUUUGACUUCUUUUGGUUGUGUAUUCAGGUCCCUGCUGGUGUGCAAGUAUGACUUCAUCAACCUGUUGUGUCAGCAGGUCAUCAGGAUCUGUCUCAAUGCUGUAGACACGGUUUCAGUGGGCGAGUUUGAGUUCCCACCCAAAUCCUUAAACAAGUAAGCCAACUCAUUGUAGUUUAGACAGCUUAUUAGUAAAUCUUUAAUCUUUUAUAGUAACAGUCUUUCAGCUAAAACAGUUCUACAUGCAGCCUUUAAUUUCAUUGUUGCUUAAUUGUGACUGCUUCCUCUGCUGCCUUUUUUAGAUGGACUUAAGUGAAGUGGAAAACUUUUCUGUGGUCUGACAAAUCAAAAUAUGACAUUCCUUUAGAAUAGAGUGGAGGAUGGACAUAACAUCCUCCAUGCUAUCUAUACACAGUUAAAAAGCCAGCAUCCCUAAUGGUAUGGAGAUACAUUUGUACCCAUGGCAAGGCUAGUCUACCCACCUGGGAAGCCACCAAUUAUGAUGAAUGCCACACAAGUUAUUGGAGCAUGCCACCAUCCAGACAAUGGCUUUUUAAUACAGCAAGAAGAUAUGAAACUAUAUUAAAAAUAAAUAUAGCAGCAUUGCUUUGCAGUUGAAGAGUUCAGCAGCUUAAUUGGUCUACCUGCAGUUCCUGCUGACUCAUUACCUAUUAAAAGUAUUUUGCGUGUUAUGACAAAAAUACCUAACAAAGAAGGCCCCUUACUGUUGGGCAACUAAAAUCCAAUACCAGACAAGAACAUUUCCUUUAAAAGCCCAAUUGUUGAUCCCCCCAGUUCCAAAACAUUGAGUAUUAUUAAAAGAAGAGGUGAUGCAGCACAGUGAUAAACAUAUCCCUGUCCCACUUGUGUUAAAAUGUGCUGCUGGCAUCACACUUCAAAUAAGCAUAUCUUUUUCAUAAACAAUGACAUUUUUCCCUUUCAACGUUUGAUAUGUUGCCCUUGCACUCUUUUCAACUAAGUAAAGGAUUCACAUGAUUUGCAAGCCAUCAAAUUCUGUUUUGAUCAACAUUUAACUCAGUGUCCUAGUUGUUGGUGUAUCGGGGUUGUGUGUGGCCGGGUUUGCUUGCAGUACCUUGGUGCAGUUGCCUUGUCAUUUAGUGUCAUACUGCUAUCACACUGUUUAAUUACAGGAGGGAAGGCUAUGGGAUUCGUGUCCAAUGGGACAAACGUCCUCGAGCCUCGUUUUUAAACCGCUGGAACCCCUGGUCCACAGACAUGCCCUAUGCCACAUUCACAGAGCAUCCCAUGGCCCGUGCUGAUGAGAAGGUGGCAUCUCUCUGCCAGGUAUAAUACCUUUGUCUUCUAGGGCUGUCUAAAUUGCUCCAAAAUGAUGUUCGAAUAUUCGUUUUUAAAAAUAACACAUAGGUUUAAACAUAUUUGAAUAUCUAUAUUUGCAACUCCAACCCCCCUAGACACACACACACACACACACACACACACACACAAACACACACCUCUAACUUGUGCGAGCAAUUAAAGGUCCCGACUCUUGUCUGUAUAGACAGGCUUCAUUCAGUGAUUGAAGCAAUGAUUUUUGUCGAGUCUCACUGCAGGAGCAGCUUCUGGGACCUGUUCCUGACCCGUCGUUACAGUGCACUUACUCGCAAAACAGCCACUAUUAUUUUUUUCCUACUGUUUAUUUUAUAUUCCAAUAUUAAUUUUUACAUUCUAAUGUCGUUUUUUUUUUUUGUUAAUAUUCAAAUAUAUAUUUAAAUUUAGAAUAUUUGUUGAAAACCCUGUUGUCUUCCACUAAAUCAUGAAAAACAAAGAAAAUAAAUUUGAAUUAUUGUCAUUGGGAAUUAUUUGAUGUUUUAAAUGUACCUAGGGAAUAAAGCUUGUCAUGAUCGAUACAUUAUUCCUUUUAUGUGUCGGUCUGGUGUUGUGCCAGCCUACAAACAAUGGUGACCGCUGGUGCUGCAAGUGUUUUAUGCAAAUUAGCCAACAAAACCUUGAACAGUCAUCGUCUGACUGAAAACAAUAGUGAUUGCAGCCCUAAAAAGAAGAAACUCAUGCAGCCAAAGAAAGCAAGUUAUUCAUUCAACAAUAGUCAUGACUGUGUAUUAACAGCUAUUGCAAGAGCUGUUUUAUUGUUAAGGAAAGAAGAGUACCUGGGUAGUUUCCUCAGGAUAUUAGUGCAUCUUUUUUGUUUCAAGCUGUCACGUGCUGCAACAUGUAAGAACAUUUGGGCUAUGGAGUCUCAAAAUCUCAAAACUUAUCCACAGCCCACAAACAUGUUGCUUUUGAACUAGAAGAUAAAGAGUUUUGCAUAAAUUUGGACACACCUGUACAAAUGAAUAAACAUAAGAUGUAAAUCACAUGUGUUAGAAGGAGAGAUGUUCUGGUGUUAUUCUCCUUUUCUUUUUGUAUACAUAGUUGGACAAUUUCAGAACCCAGCUGGUUCAGGCAGUGAAGAAAGCCCAUAAGGAACACCCCAUACCUGGUAGGGCGAAUGGCGUCCUGAUCUUGGAGAGACCCCUGCUCAUCGAGACAUAUCUGGGUAUCAUGUCCUUCAUCAACAAUGAAGCCAAGCUGGGAUACUCUAUGACCCGUGGCAAGAUCGGCUUCUAAAGUCCACUGCUGCCGUAAAUUACAACUGAGUUCAGCCCAUAUGUCUGUGUUACACUGUGCUGACUGAGGGAAGCUGUUUCUCCACCACAAUGUAAUGCAUAGUUAUUGUGUGUAAGUUGAGCUUGUAAAACGUCCACAACCCCUUGAGUUGGUGAUACAGAGAAGUUAUUAGUGUGCUAUCAGGAGACAAUGCGCAGCACUGCAUUGGCUGUCUACUUCAUGCACUUUUGAGUGUCUACCUGCUUUUCAUCAGUUGCUUUAGUUCUGCCAUUCACUAGUGGACCUUCAGGGGUGUGUGUUGGUGUGACGUACGGUGAUGAGAAAGGACACAUCGACUCAUGUGUUCGAUCCUUUCGAACUCUGCACUUGAUUUGGAAGGAGACUUUGUGCUCUGUCUUUAACCACUUAUUGACUGACUGUCAAAACUGAUACAAUAUCUAUUGUAAAUUAUGAUAAAUGAAAUGCCAAUAUAAAAGUUGUUAUUUUCAGGGUGUGCUUUUGUGAAAUCUUCCAGUAGCAAAAAAAGGGAACCAGGUGAAAGGCAGCAAAACAUGCAGUGAAAUUGUGACUCCAACUGAAAUAUGCUCCUAUAUAGAUUCAUAAAUAUUGUUUCAAAUGAAGGACUGCGUUAUUCAGACAUUCCUCAGGCCAAAGGGGAACUCCAAGCAGCUGAUGGAUUGAAUAAGACCUGUCACAUGGUCAAUGUAAUACUACUAGAAGGGAAAGUGUCAAAAAUCCGGCUGCUCAAGUGACAGACUUUUGAACUGUCAGUAUUACUAGUGCAAAAUAACAGCUACAAGACUGUUUUAAUGUGAAACUUCAAGGAAAUGAUAAGUUCCAUAUCUUGACUUUUGGCCAACGUUAUGCUUAAACUUAUGUAAUUUCUGUUGUCCAGUGUCUUAAUGAACUUUUUCACAGAAGUUCUACUACUUGUAUUAAGGCUCUCAUGAAACAGAUUCAGGCAAAGUUGAGCUUCAAUUGAUCAACCACAGACUGUAUGUACUUCAGUGAGUUUUUUAAUAACUGUACUACCAAAGGUAACAGGCCAUACUUCAUGAUCAGCAUUGCCAGUGAAUAACUGUGUCCCAAAAUGCCUUCUUUUAGUUUUAGCAUGUUUCCUGCACGUUAUGUUUGCAUGACAGAUGACUUAUAAAAAGAAUAUUCCAAAGUGAUUUGUAAGCACUAGUCCAGUUUUAUGCAUCUGCUGUUGAUUUGAGAAAAAACAAUCCAUGAAUGCUUCUACAAAAUCCAUAUUUUGUUGCCAGUUUUGAAGUGCUUUAUUUGGGAUUUUUUUUGGAGGAGAUGAAAUAUUAUUGUGAACAUAUAAAGGAGAUAAUAAAGACUAACAUGUUCUAGUCAAGGCAUCUUCUCUGGUAUUUGUGUAGAGGUGUGUGUAUAUAUAUAUCCCAUCUCAUGUUCAUUCUGUCAGGCAACAAAGAAGUCAAAAGAUACAAGAAUGAUAUUCCCCUAAUGUUUUGAGUGAGUACAAGUAAUACAACUGACAAGUAAUAACAUAAAA